UAUUUCUGGCAUUUUGGGGAGAAUAUUUAGAUUUUCUUGUCUCGGUUCGAUCAGCUCGUCUUCUUCAAACUCGCUCGUUUCUCGUCCAUCACCUUUUUUGCAGUCGAAGACAGCGGCUGGAAGAUGAGCAGAUUGCUUCUCCACGGGAUGAGACUGCUCUCGAGGGGAUUUUGUUCUCUCGGAUCGAAUCGGAUCAGUGUCUGUAUUGUUGGUAGCGGCCCUGCUGGAUUUUACACAGCCGAAAAGAUGCUGAAGGCUUAUCAAGGGGUGGAGGUUGAUAUUAUUGAUCGAUUGCCUACGCCAUUUGGACUUGUCAGAUAUGGGGUUGCACCUGAUCAUCCAGAAACGAAGAUUGUGGCGAAUCAAUUCUCUCGGGUUGCUAAAAGUGUGAGAUGCUCUUUCUUUGGUAACAUUGCACUUGGAAUUGACAUUUCCUUGCCAGAGCUUAGACAGAACUAUGAUAUAGUUGUUCUUUGUUAUGGUGCUGAAAGUGACAGAUCUCUUGGAAUUCCUGGAGAAGAGUUGAAUGGCAUAUACUCUGCCAGAGAGUUUGUUUGGUGGUAUAAUGGGCAUCCCGACUGCUUCGAUUUGGCGCCAGAUUUAAAGAUCACUGAUACAGCUGUUAUCCUGGGUCUGGGUAAUGUUGCUCUUGAUGUUGCUCGUAUACUUCUGCGUCCAAUUAGUGAAUUAGCAAAAACAGACAUUUCAGAACAGGCCUUAGCUUCUCUUCAGGACAGUACCAUAAGAAAGGUUUACUUGGUAGCAAGGCGUGGCCCUGCACAAGCAGCUUGUACGGCAAAGGAAUUGCGAGAAAUUCUUGGUAUGAAGAAUCUACACAUCAAGAUUCAGCAAGCUGACGUAGAUAUUUCUCCUUCUGAUGAGGAAGAAUUGAAGAACCACCGCAUCCAGAAACGAGUUUAUGAGUUAAUCUCUAAAGCAGCUGCUUCUCCACAUUCUCAUUCUCCUACAGAGCAAAGGGAACUCCACUUUGUGUUCUUCAGGAAGCCUGAUAGUUUCUUGCCUUCAGAGAAUGGCUGCACAGUUGGUGCUGUACGCCUUGAAAGAACGAGUUUGAAAGAAAAUGGCACUUUUGGCAAACGGUUAGCGGUUGGUACAGGGGAAUUCGAAGAUAUAACCUGCGGACUUGUACUGAAAAGCAUAGGUUACAAGUCUUUACCAAUUGAUGGGCUGCCUUUUGAUUUUCAUAAAGGUGUGGUCCCUAAUGUAAAGGGCAGAGUUCUGAAAGGCUAUCAGACAGAACAUGAUCAGGCUGUGGAGCAUGGCUUAUAUGUUGCUGGGUGGCUGAAAAGAGGACCUAUAGGGAUUAUAGCUACUAAUCUUUACUGUGCUGAGGAAACUGUGGCAAGCAUCUCUGAAGAUGUGGAGAAGGGCUUGCUUGAUGGUGAUUCUGGUGCCCCAAAGCCAGGAAGAAAAGGGCUCCUCCAGCUGCUUGAAAACAAGAGCAUUGCCUUUGUGCCUUUCAGUGGCUGGGAAAAGAUAGAUGCAAAGGAGAAGAUGGUGGGCCAGCAGAGGAAUAAGCCAAGAGAGAAAAUAACUACCUGGGAGGAGCUGUUGAAAGCUUCAAAUUGAGUAAUAACAUAAUGCUGAUUUUAGAAUUUUAUUUUAUUUUUAUUAAUGUAAGCAAUUAUG